AUGGCGUCACCUCCAUCUCCAUCCUCUUCGACAGUACCCCCAAGCCCAGGUACGCAGCGCACGCCGACUGAAAACAAUGCUGUCGAACCUUUUCCAUCGCUGAGCAGUCCAUCGACGCCCAAAAUUCCAACUCCUCAACGGCCAACCAUCGUGACGAACACCGAGAACAACGCAAAUCGAGUUAGAGGGCAGUCGUCGAGUUCCACGAUUCGGGGCCGGCUGCGCACCGCCUCUUCGAGCUUCCAAGAAUCGAAUCCUCCAACUGGGAUGUGCAUUGCGACCGCUCAGAUUGCGUCUUCAAUACCAUCAUUAUCUGAUAUCAGGAGAGGGAGCUACAGUAGUGACGGGUGGACUAGCGAAGGGCAGGUUCGAGAGAAGGGACGACGUGCGAGUCUAGCUAGAGCAGCAGAAUCUCCAUCCGGAAUUACAAAACGGAAGAGUUCAUCAGCUCUGAAUAGCCCCAGGACCCCGGUUGCCCCCCACGACAGCCUCCCAGAGGUGGCCGAUGAAUCGGAGCAUCAAAAUCUAUAUCCAAUACCAUCAGACGUCCCUGUUGGUCCUUCGGCUGUAGGAGACGGUGCCCAGGAGCCCACGAUAACCAAUAUGGCGAGUUCGACAGGGAGAUCUAAAGCAGCAAACCAGCGCGCCAGCAGCGAUACCAACAUCAGCCCUAACUCUACUCGUACUGCACCAAAAGUCGACACUCAAUACAAAACCACCCCUUUCGACAAUGGGUACCAAUUCCCGCCAAAGCACUCAUGGACGGAGUCGACCGCUAUAGGAUUGACGGCUUUCUGGAAGUUUUUCAUCACGCCAAUUGGGUUUCUCGUCGUAGUAUACGGUCUCAACGUUGUUGCAUGGGGUGGGAUGUUGUUCCUGUUACUAUGCAAUGCCUCUCCAGCAAUGUGCCACCCUACAUGCGACGACAUCAACUCGCCUCGUCGGAUCUGGAUCGAAAUUGAUUCGCAGAUUCUAAACGCGCUCUUCUGUGUCACUGGUUUUGGCACCAUCCCUUGGAGAUUCCGAGAUCUUUACUAUCUACUCCAAUACCGGCUACAAAAGAAAGAGAUUGGCCUUCGAAGACUGGCAGGCAUCAAUCGCGGUUGGUUUAGACUUGCUGGGUCCCAAGAUCUACCAGUAGGGUUGGGGGCUGCGAACAUCGAGUCUGAGGCUGGCAAUGUCCCAGAAAGUGCCUUGCCGUUCCCCUUAAGUAAGACUCCAGAUGCACCUUUGACUGGAAUUCGUGCCCCGCCAACCAAACUGUGGAAGCUUGACUUUGUCAUCUGGUCCAUGGUAUGGAACACUUUUCUCCAAACAGUUCUUUGUAUAUUCAUGUGGCACUUCAACCGGUACGAAAGGCCGUCCUGGAGCACCGGUCUUUUCGUCGCACUGGCCUGUAUUGUUGCUGCAUGUGGUGGUAUUAUGGGUUUCAUCGAGGGCAAGCAUGUGAAGACCAUCGAAGGUGUCCCGGUCUCAGAGAAGGAUAAAGAGCGAUUGGCAAGGGAUAGAGAGCUGGGUAUUACUCAUUACAACAACAUCAAGGACGAGAAGCCAAAAGAGAAAAAGCAAAAGGAGGGCCAUGGUAUAUUUAAAAGCAAGCAAGAAAACGACGAAAAAGCCCAGGCGGAGGAGAGUGCAAUGGAAGAUGCUACUGUGAAGUAG